ACCCAGGACGCAGCGUCCUCAGGCUGCGGCUCACCUGAAUCGGCGCAGUGCAGACAGACAGACACGCCGACAGGUACACGCGGGAGCCGGAAGAAGCUUGUCCCAGUAACUUGUCCCCGUCUUUCUUCUCCCGCACCACAUGUGCCGCAGGUGUCGCUUCCCUUCCUCACGGUGACGACCUCGGCCCUGCUCGGUGCCGUGGUAUCCGAACGCGCGCUCACUUUUGUAUUUAUGACAGUGAGGCGACACUGGAGGAGGAAACAUGAGCGAGCAAGGAAAGAAGCUGCUUCUGAUCGUGGUGGAUAUUCUCUGCGUCGUCGUCGCGGCUCUGCCCUCGGGCAUCCUGACGCUGAUGUUCAGCCCCUACCAGAGAGGGAUCUACUGCGAUGACAAGAGCAUCAGCUAUCCAUACAGGAGAGACACCAUCUCCCACGGGGCCAUGGCUGCCGUCACCAUCACCUGCUCCAUAGUCAUCAUCACCACAGGCGAGGCCUACCUGGUGCACACCAAGCGUCUCCACUCCAACUCCCAGUUCAACCAGUACCUGUCCGCCCUCUACAAGGUGGUGGGCACCUUCCUGUUUGGGGGAGCCGUCAGCCAAUCCCUGACCGACCUGGCCAAGUUCACCAUCGGUCGUCCCCGUCCGAACUUCUUGGCCGUGUGCGCCCCGGUCAGCUGCAGCGGAUACAUGCUGCACAUCAACUGCACCGGCAACCCGCGCAACGUGACCGAAUCCAGGUUAUCCUUCUACUCCGGCCACUCGUCCUUCGGGAUGUACUGCAUGCUCUUUCUGUCGCUCUACGUCCACGCCCGGAUGCAGGGGAAAUGGACGCGGCUGGUUCGACCGACCAUCCAGUUCUUCCUGGUGGCGUUUGCUUUGUACGUGGGAUACACUCGUGUGUCCGACUACAAACAUCACUGGAGCGACGUCCUGGUGGGGCUGCUGCAGGGCGCGCUCAUCGCCGUUCUCACCGUCCGUUACGUGUCAGACUUCUUUAAGCAGCGACCUCCGGCCUGCACGCGGCCGGACGCGGCAGAGAUCGAGCACCUCGAGCGCAAGCCGAGCCCGCAGCCUCGCGACGCGCAGCACGGAAACCACUACAAUUACCCUGGACCCGUAUGAACACUCGACUGAAGUCGCCACAGCCACUCUCACUUACCCCGGGCCUACACGCGCUCACAGCAGCUUCGUUACCAAACAAGCACAUGCAACUCGCAAAGAAAAGAAAAACCACAAGAGGAAAACAAAAAAAAAAUAAUAACACUGCAGUAACCACUAGCUGGAAAUUCAGACCGGAACGAUUCUACAGCGAGGAACGCUCCGAUUUCUAAAAAAAACCUGCUGGAGAAGAGGCCCCGUCGUCGCCUGUGUGUCUUUCAGUGUGUGUGUGUUUGUGUACACAUGUGAAGCAUGUUCUGUUUGUAAGCGUGCAAUGAUUAUACAUGCAUAUAUGGUUUUUUAAUGUCUUUUUUUGAAUUUUUGCCGAGUUGAAGGGAAGAAAGUUUCAGGUUUGUUGGGGGGGUGGGAGAAUAUACACAUGUACACUGUGAGUCUGACAGUAACCUGAGCAAAGACUGCAUUGGAUUUCUGUUAAGUUUCAAAAAACACCAACCAAAAUAUUAUUUUUCUGUCCUUGGAGACUGAAUGUUUUCUAACCUGUUAAAGUCUGAUAUGACUGUUAUUUUACUUACACUGGAGAAAGAUUAUAUACGCCUGUCCCUCACACUUUUGUCUACAUUUUAUUCUAUAUUUUACUGUAUUUAGAAGAUUUGCUUGUGUACUGAUGGACUGAUUUCACCAUCAUUUACAUUUACACAAUGUACAGUAUAGUCUUAACAUUUUUUUAAGUGUGUUUAUAACUAGCCUAUGUAAUGAAUUUGUUUAUCUUUUUAAGAUCGUAUAACCACUACUUUAUGGUGACAUUACAGUGAAACUUUGUUCUGGAUGUUUUUUCUUCUUUCAUAGAGGAAAAACUUUUAGCGAAAUGAUUUCAAAAAAUGACCAAGAACAAAUGGAGACGUUACUGGAGUGAUUUUAACCCAUAAACCCAAUUUCAUUCUUCCUGUUGUCUUCUAACCUACUGUGAAACUGCACAUAAUGUAAUCAUAGCUUUCCUUCAGCCUGAUGGCUGUUUUGUGUAACUUCUCCAUAAAUAUAAGCCAUAACGUCA